AUGUUCAAACGAUACGCCAAGGAUUUACCUGAAGAGGUUCUCAACUGGCGUCUUGGCUAUGCCGUGCUUGUUUUUGGUUUGCUGGGCACUGCCCGUGGCCUCGACGAAGGUCUCAUCGGAACCACUGCCUCCCAAAAGUCCUUUAGUACACAAUUCGGAUUGAAGAACCCUCACUUGACUGCCAAUGAGCAAGCCAACCUUCUCUCCAACAUCACCUCCAUGGUCCAGCUUGGAUCAAUAUUCGGUGCUCUCUUCGCCUUCCCCAUCACCGACCGCAUUGGCAGAAUCUGGGCUGUCCGAGAAUUAUGCCUCGUCUGGGUCACUGGUAUCUCCAUCUUCCUUGGUGCUGCCGCCCAUGGCAAUCUGUCAAUGGUUUACGCUGGUAGAUUCAUCGCUGGACUGGGUAUCGGACAGACCACAGUCGUGGCUCCGACAUACCUCGCAGAAGUGGCCCCCAAGUCGAUUCGUGGACUGUGUGUCGGUAUCUUCUCUGGUUCAGUCUACCUGGGUAUUAUGCUCGGAUACUUUGCUUCAUACGGCACUUCAUUGCACAUCAGCAACCACGACUCCCUCCAAUGGGUCAUUCCCAACACACUCCACCUUUACUUUGCCGCGAUCAUCUUCACCCUCAGCUUCUUCGCCAUUGAAAGUCCUCGCUGGCUCGUCAAGACCAAGCAACAGGCAAAGGCUGUUGAGAACCUCUGCAAAAUUCGUGGUCUCGGACAGGAACACGAGCUCGUCCAAGGAGAGAUCAUCGACAUCAACAUGCAACUCGAGCGUGAGCAGGAAGCCACAAUGGGUGCCUCCAAGGUCGGACUCCUUCGUGAGCUGUUUGUCAUGCCCUCAAACAGAUUCCGCAUCUUCUUGGCCAUCGGCGCUCAAUUGCUUGGUCAGUGGAGUGGUGCUGGAUCAAUCACCGUUUACGCCCCUCAAUACUUUGCUCUCAUGGGUACGACUGGUACCACAGAAAAGCUUCUUGCUACUGGAAUCUUUGGUCUUGUCAAGUUCAUCAGUGCAAUCAUCUGUGCCUUCUUCCUCGUCGACUUCAUCGGUCGCAAGCGUUCGCUAAGCAUCGGCAUCACCAUUCAGUUCAUUGCUAUGUUGUACAUGGCACUCUUCCUGUCUAUUGACAACACCAUUGGAGACAAGGGCAACGUUCAGACCUCCAGUCAAAAGCAUGCCGCCAAGGGUGCUAUUGUCAUGAUCUACUUCUCUGGAUUCGGUUGGGCAAUGGGUAAGUUCCUGUGUCCACUUCUUUCUAUCUUCCCUCUUCGUCUGCGUGCUAUCGGUGGUUCCAUCGCCAUGGCAUUCCACUUUGUCAACCAAUACGGUAACUCAAAGGCUGUACCCGAAAUGUUUGUUGGCAUGACCACCGCCGGCACCAUGUACUUCUUCUCCGCCAUCACGCUGUUGGGUCUGGUCUGGGUCUGGUUCUUCCUGCCUGAGACCAGUGGCCGUUCUUUGGAGAGUCUGGACGCUAUCUUCGAGCUGCCUUGGUACAAAGUCGGAAGAUACGGCAGUAAGGUUGCUGUUUCGCCUACCCUCUUCGAGAACGAGAAGGAUGGUGUGGCAGAAAAGAACCAGCAGGUCGAGUACCUGGAGACAUCUCACCAGGGGGCAUAG